UUUAAACAGUCCACAAUGCCUUGCGGUGUCCCACUUCCAGUGCUGUGUGUUCACCAGCAGGACUAAUACAAACGGGGAGAGGGGCAAUUUCCGCAGCUUAUCAUUGGAGGAGGUGGGGGUGAGCGCAAAAGACUGCGGCGCACGGAGCGGACGAGGCGCAAACUUCGGACAGAGGACCGAGGCGUCAGAGGUGCUGUUGUCGGACUCGUCCGGCGUUGCCUCGUAUCCAGCUGUUGUGUGCGUGCGUGUGUGUGUGUGUGUGUGUGUGUGUCCGUCCUGCAGCUGAACGUUACUUUGUCGCAGUUGGUCUGAAGUGGUCCGCUGGGCAGUGGAGGAGGAGAAGGAGCCGGUUUCUUGCGGAAUUCGCGUCUUUACGCGCGUCGAACUUUCUCCCCGGACAGCGGAGCCGCCGAGUCGGAGUCCCGUUUUUACACCGUGAAGUGAAACGGCCAGAGGGGUUUCAACUGCUCUGCACCACUGGAGCCUUCAGUAAUGUCGGGGCCAACACCCCACUACCGGCCCCCUCACUUCUGACCCAACAUGGAGCUCAAGGUCUGGGUGGAUGGAGUCCAGAGGGUCGUCUGUGGGGUCACCGAGGCAACCACGUGCCAGGAGGUGGUAAUUGCUCUGGCCCAGGCCAUAGGUCGCACUGGGAGAUAUACUCUGGUAGAAAAGUGGCGGGACACUGAGCGUCACCUCGCCCCACACGAGAGCCCCGUGGCGUCUCUGAAUACAUGGGGCCAGUAUGCUGGUGAUGUCCAGCUCAUCCUGCACCGCACAGGCCCCUCCCUGACUGAAAGACCCCCCUCCGAAGGACCCGGUUUCAGGGGACCAGAACGUGGGCUGCAUCGGCAGAGCCUCCCGCCCCUUGCAAAGCUUCGCCAUCCCAACGAUCGCUCCCUCCGCCGGCGUGAACCUCGCCGCAAGUCUCUCACAUUCACCGGUGCACCCAGAGGCCUUAGGGAGAUACUGAGCGGGGGUCGCAUCGGGGAGGCUGAGGCUAAACGAAGACUUCUCCUUGGAAACAGCGGGAACCACCACCAUGGAGGACCGGCCAUCGGGACCGCAUCUCCCGGCCUGUGGGCCUGUCGCAUGGAAGAUCUGGUCAGACUUGUCGGCCUGCAGAGAGAGACACUCAACGUGCUGGAGAAGAAGCUGGGGUCCUACGAGGCGGAGCUGCAGGCCUGGGCUGAGGGGAGGGGGGGGCGAGUUGGAGUGUGCAUUGGUGACCCAGGUGCAGGAGGAGGGCUGAUCGAGGAGAUUGUGAGGCUGGAGAAGCACCUGAGGAAGAAUGAGGUGGAGAUGGAGGAGGAGGAGUUUUGGGCCUCUGAGCUGCAGAUUGAGAUCGAGAGUGAGAGACAACUGGAAGAAAGACUGCUGGAGCUCCGAGGGCGCAUGCAGGGCUGUGAACUGGAGAUUGAAGAAAAGCUGUCCAUGGGUGUGGAGGCAGGUCUGGAAGAGGAGCGGCUGCAGAGGGAGCGGCAGGAGACCCAGUGGGUCAGCGAGGCAGAGGCCCGCGCUCAGGUCCUCAAGGUUAAAGCAGAGCUCAAGGCCCAGGAGAGACAGGCUGUCCAGCUGGAGAGCAGCUGCAGGGCUGUGGACCGGUCCCUCGGACAAAGCAGCAAAAAGCUGCAGGACAUGCAGCACGAUCUGGAGCAACUGACCAAGGAGCUGAGACAAGUGAACCUGCAGCAGUUCAUCAAGCAGACAGGCACCAAAGUCACAGUGCUGCCGGCCGAGCCCAGCGAGGAGGAUGAAAGUUGCCACAACAGUCAUGUUCCUCUCUCUGGCUCGCUGAAGCGCCCUGUGUCGUCCCACCCGAUGUCCAGUCACCUCCGGGUCCUCCAGAGCCCUCUCACUUCGGGCCUGAAUCCAGAGGGGAUCUAUGUGUGAGACCCUUCUAAUACCCUUCUAAGACAUUGUUGUCUCCCUUCCAACGCCCAUAUCCAACCCCCCCCCCCCCCCCCCCGAACCUGUUAAUGUGUGGAAAUCGUAGUACAGGAUACCUCAGUAGCACACUUCUAUGUACUGUUGUUUCAAUCACCUGGAGGCGGCAGCGUUGACUGUGAAGACUCGGUAAGUGAAGGAACGAUGUUGGAAGUCAUUGAGCACUAAAUGAAAAACAGUUAGUUAUGGCAUGAAGAGAGAAACAUUUCUCCUGACAUGUUCCUGGCUUUCCAAACAUCAAGGUGUUGUGGACUUCCUUAACGUGUCCACUUAAUGUACUUUUACUCUCACUAUAGUACCUGCUGAAUGAUUUGAAUAAUUUUCUCACAAGCAUCAUGAUUCAUAACUGUUGCCUUUUGAACUAUAUUCCUGAGAAUCUUGGUAUGUGAAUCUAUGAACUCUAUAUCUUUGAAAUCAUGCGUUAUUUCUGCAGUAAAGACAUUUGACCUGGUAUAAUGACUGGGUCUUGUGUGAGUAAUGAAAACCCCACUUGUGUCUGUAGGAAAACUGUCUAGAAUCCGCCAUUUUGCAUAUCAAAAUCUAUUCCUGUAGCUCCGACUUGUCUGUCCAUGUUAAAACUAUGCACAAAUGCUUGAUAGUUUUGUUACCGAAGAAUGUUACUGUCUGUAUGAACCAAAAUUACAGCUCACUGUAAAUAUUUUUCUUACUUUCCAUCUUUAUUUAGUGAAUUAUUAUAUUUUAUUACAAAGCAAUGCAUUCACAGUUAUGAAAAUGCAGUGCCCGCAGUCCUGCAGUAAUAUCUGCAUUAUGAAGCAGUGUUAAUUAUCCUCUUCAGCUGUUUUUUUUUGUUGUUGUUGUCGUUGUUAAAUGAUUACACAGAUUAUUUUUGCCAAAUGUAUUGUGCUUGUUUUUUCUGUUAGGAUGGGUGGCCAAAGAUUAGCAGGUCUUGUUGCAUGACUGUGAUGUUAAUAUAGCCAUAUGAGGAUGUGCAGAGCACAACGGUGCAGUCAAUCAGUGAGUUGAAUCUUAAAAAACACAGGCAUGUAAUAAUACAGUGGAUAGCUACAGUUAGAGAGAGAGUGUGUGUGUGUGUGUGUGUGUGCGUGCAUGUGUGGAGUCAGGAUAGCCAAGAUAAGAAGCCCCUCUUAGGUUGUAGUUCAGCUACUAAUCACAUCAAAGUGCCUUAUAUUCAUUUACACAGGUGGUGAAUUCAAGUAUUAUACAGUAGAGCUUUAGCAGAGACAUUGAAGCAAUGAAUGGUCAUCGUCUGUUUAGUAAAUGUGUUGGUGGAUGUAUUAGUGCCACAUAUUGCUGCUCAGAGAAAAAUGGCAAUAGAGGAAACUGUAGUAACCUUUUAUCUGUCAGUAUUUUGUAAAGAUGUCAAUGGGAAGAACAUAAUUGAGAAUGCUUUCCACUUUGUUACUGUAUUGUUGACGCAACGAUACUACGUUCUGUAGUUUUUACAUCAGCGCUGUCAAACAUGGAAUAAAUAGUUGACAGUUGAUACCAAGGGGGAAAUCAACCCUGUAGCAUUCGGUGUCUACAAAAGACGCCCCCUCACCACAGUGUGUCUCUGCUUUGCAGUUUUAGGAGAGACACGUUUUAAAAUUCUUAUGAAUGAUAUAUUUACCCUUUAAAAAAAAACCCACUUGUGUGCAUUUCUUUCCAGCAUGGGGAUGAGACGUAGCUGUGGUCGCUGUUUACAACUGUAGAAGUUCUAGAGAACUCUUGAGAUGUUGACUGUACAUAACCUUUUUUUUUUUUUUUUUUUUUUCCUGCCUUAAAUAUACUGCAAAAUGUUGACAGGUGUACGUACGGCAGUAUCUGGCUGCUGAUAUGACUUGGAUUGCAUGUUUCAAUAAACCAUCUGAAAAAAUGA